UUGAUUCUGUGACUGGCAAAACGAAAAUUCCGACAAAAGCUGACAAACGAAACUAAAAUCAAUUGAAAACGUAUUGAGAAUGCGAUAAUUGUUUGUUUCUCGUCCACCCUAGCUUUACACAAGUGUGCCGGCACAAUAAACCCCCCAGGUGCAAUAAAUCUCUGCGAAAUAAGAACUCUGCCGACCUCCCAGAAAUGGGCCUUUGCAAAUGUCCCAAACGAUUGGUCACCAACCAAUUCUGCUACGAGCAUAAACUCAAUGUCUGCGAGCACUGUAUGGUGCAGUUGCAUCCAAAGUGCAUAGUGCAAUCCUAUUUGCAAUGGCUUCGGGAUAGCGACUACAUUUCCAACUGCAAUCUGUGUAGCACUUCGCUGGAUCAGGGCGAGUGUGUGCGACUGGUUUGCUACCACGUCUUUCAUUGGGACUGCCUGAAUGCUCGCCAAGCCGCUCUGCCUGCCAACACGGCACCGCGCGGCCACAAGUGCCCCAGCUGUGAUGUGGAGAUAUUCCCCAACACCAAUCUUGUCUCGCCCGUGGCGGAUGCCCUGAAGAACUACCUGGCUCAAGUCAACUGGGGCCGCAAUGGCCUGGGCCUGGCUCUGCUCUCGGAGGACCAGAGUAGCAGCUUGAAGGCCAUCAAGGCUAAGGCGGAUGCCAAUCAGGCGGCUGUCAGCAAUAUGACCAAAGUGCAUCACAUUCAUUCCGGUGGAGAGCGAGAGCGUGCGAAGCCGAAUGGCGGUGAUUCCUCCACUCCACAUUCCGUGCUCCUCAUGGACGCAUUUAAUCCACCCAGCUCGGGCGACUUUAAUGCUAGCAGUAGGCGACCAUUGCUGCCACGUCAGUCGCCCAUUGGUGGAACGGAUCGCGAUGACAAUAAGUACCAGCGCCGCACGCCGGCUGAGCUGUUCUCGCGCUGGACGCGACGCUUCUAUGCACCAUCGUCGCGGCCACCGUGGCGACGCACCUGGUUCCUGGUGCUCAGCGGCAUUCUGGCCUUUGUCAUGUUCAUCUAUCUGUUGGCAUGGAUGGGACGCAGCGGCUCCAACGACGGCCUGGACGAGAGCUGGAACAAUCCCAAUCCGCAACCGAAUCACUACGAGUAAAUUAAUAUUUCGAGGAAUGUUUUCUCCGCCCACGCGCAUACGUAGUCCUCAUAUCCAAAGCCUAGAAUCCCCUCCCCUCCCCUCCCAAAAGAAUAAAACUUUUACAGAUAUUUAUAUAAUCUAAAAUUGCAACAUAAUACACACAUAUUUAUGUAUAUAUAAAAGAAAA